UGAACAAAAAAUUUUUCACCGCAAAGAUGUAGCUCAAUUAGUUCCGAAGUAAUGAAUCUUUCAAUAUUCUUCUUCGAAUAUAAUGCUAAUUUCAUCACAAAUGUUAUAAAAUUAGGCGCUGAGUCAUUGAAUAGUAGGUCACCCAAACGAAUCUGAUAAUCGAAAUUUUGAGUGUAAACCGGAUUGUAAAUUAUAAAUAUUUGGACCUUGCACUGUAUCAGAAAAGUUUCAUACUAGAGAGUACACUCAAUAUGGUAGUUGUGCCGAAAAACUCUUUAUUUCUUUGAGCAAUUUAAUUAGCGCUGCGAAAAGAAUAGUGAAACGUUCCUCUUUCAAGAGUUUAUUCACUGAAUGAAGAAAAUUUCCCGAGGAAUCUCCAGUGGGCUUACAUCAAUUUUUGCUGUCGGAGCAGAUCUUCAAGCACCAGAGAUUAAUUCAGGAAAUCUGCACCUGUAGGUGAUGGAACUAGUAGUUUUACUGUAAGCGCCUCCAAUUUUUUUCCUAUAAUAUACAUACAUGUUGAUUGAAAGACAUAGAUCCCAACAUAAUCCACAUCAAAUCAAUCAAGAAAUGGAAAUAACUCAAUUAGAAAUCAGUAUGGCUAGAGACAUAGUGCCGGAAUAUUCUGGUGGUUCCAAAAAUCUUCCUUAUUUUUUAAAUCAAGUCGAAACCUUUUUGGAUCUAUUGAAAAAGGAAGAGAACAGUAUUUUCAAGAAACUACUCUUAGAUACUCUAAAAUCUAAAUUAACUGGUGAAGCUAGAGACAUAUUGAUAAAUUCACGUUGUACUCAAUGGACCGAAAUAAGAGAAAUGUUGGCUCACAAGUUUGGUGAUCCAAGAUCUGAAGAACUUUUGUUACAUGAUUUAACUACUUGUUUUCAAAAUUUUAACGAAAGUUAUGAACAAUAUCAUGAAAAAAUAAAAAGUAAAUUACAAACACUGUUAGAGCAUGUAAAUGUUAGAGAAAUAAAUAGAGAUAUUCGAAUUUACAAAGAAAAUAAUUACAAUAAUCAAGCUCUAUCUACAUUUAAAGCUGGUGUCCUAGAACCUUAUUGCAGGCAUUUAAUGAGUCUAAACGUGAGUUCUUUAGAACAAGCAUUGUUUGAAUGUAGGAGGUUGGAUCACUGCAAGGCUCAAGUUAGUUUGAUGAAAUUUAUGCGUUCUCAAACUGAAUCUGCCUAUGGAAAAUCAUCUCGUUCUCAAAACUCAAAACCUCAACGUUACUUUUUCUAACAACACUUUGUUCUGCAUCAUCAAAUAACACCUCAGCACCAAUCACCGAAUCAAAUUAUAGAGGUAAUGAUCAUUCACAAAAAAGAAUUCAUACCGAACCUAUCCACCUCGAAACAAGACCAGUAAAAACUCAUUUCCCUACGAAGAGGGAAGACUUCGAAAAACAACAUGGACAACUGUGCAGAACCAACAGGGAUCACAGCAAUGUGCCCUAUACUAGCGACGGCUUCACAAGACAAGAACGUUUUGACUUGAAGGGGGAAAGAUUUACAUCAACCACAUUAUCAAGAUUCAAUACCCAAUCAAAUAACCACCGAAGACAGUCAAGCAGACUCAAUUUAAUUGUCAACAUUCAAAAAAGAUUGUUCUUCAAUUCCUUGUGUGAUGGGAACUAGUUAAAUUCCAAACUAUAUGAUGUUUCAAAUUAAUAAUUAAUAGUCAGUCUUCUUCUUGGUUUCAUACUAGAUAGUACUCAAUAUUGUAGUUUUGUUGAAAUAAAUCUUUUUAAAAACUUA